UUUGUUUAUGUGUGUUCAUAUGGCGUUAUAGCAGUUAACUUCUACAAAAUUUGUAGUGUUAGCGUACUACUGAAAUACAUGGAUGAUGAAAGCUAUAAUGCCAUGUUCAACCGCUUAUCACCAGUUUUUAAAUUCAUACUCGUACUGGAAUGUUUCGUGAGUGCGAUGACGUAUAUUGCUGUCUGCAUAAAAAUGCAAACAAACAAAUACAAACAUUUGAAGUUUCUUCGAGAAUUCAAGGAACUGGACGCACAAAUGCAAAUCGAUUUCAACUAUAUCAAAUGGAAUUAUCAUAAAACAAUGCGUAAAUUUACAAUAUUUACCCUAAUUGGCAUGACUUACUAUUAUACUGUUUCGUUUAUUUAUAUAUUUAAAUUGUCGAAUUGCAAUUGUGAUUAUGUAACAACAUUUGUGUUUGCUCUGAGCUAUGCUAGCAUUACUCUUGCACCAAGUUGUAUAUUUUUUCUGCAUUUGGGCAAGAUGGAUCUGCUACGCAUACGUUACCGUCUAAUAAAACGACUUUUGAAACAGCAAUAUGCCUUAGCAGUGGAUUUGAAGCAUCAGCAUAAAUUUGAAAUCCGCAUUUCGCGCCUAAUCGAUUAUUGUAAAAGCUAUAUUCAACUGAUUUUACAAGUAAACGACGUGUUUGGCGUCGUGAGCGGGUUUAGUUUGUUCCAUGAUUUCGCUAUGCUUACAAACAUGACAUUUCUGAUGUGUCAAAAGGCAACGGAAACAAAAACAACUGUCAAAGAAUAUAUAUUCAUAAUCCUAUUUAUGUUGCCGCGAAUUUAUAAGGUAAUCAUAUACGCGGUAUAUGGACAUGUAACGCAGAGGGAACGACGGGAUUGCACUCAUGAAGUCAGAAUGUGUGAGCGAUAUUUAACGUGCUCCAAAGCGGCUCACAGUAAGUUGGAAGCAUUCCUGCACUGGCAAAUGCAGAACACAUAUUCGUUUUUGGUUGGGAAAGUGACGACUUGUAAUCUUUUUUUGCUCUAUGCGACCGUUAAUAGCAUUGCAAGCAGCGUUCUUAUCUUAAUACAGUUACAGUUCCAACAAAACAGCAUUACCAAUCGUAUGAAAAACCAACCAAUGCUAAAAGAUAUAGAAUUUAUAUAACGGAAAUCACGAAUUUAUUAAAUUAAAAUGCUUGGCAUAUAAUAACAAAAAAAUCUAAUACUGAAAGCAUUUUCGUAGUACAUAAAGUCAUGUGUUUACACACUCAGGCCAUAAAUAUGACAUUUAUAAACAAGGAUAUAUACGAAUAUAUACAUACUUCAUGUUCUGAAAAUAAAGUGAUGCAUUUAAUUAAAAAUA